AUGGCUAUUCGUUUCCUCUGCAUCCGCUGCCUGAUGGCGGCGGUGUUGCUGCUGUUUCUCACCGUCUCGCAUGAGUUGGGCACUGUGCCUGCUGCUGCAGGAUCAGCAGCAGCAGCAGCAGCAGCAGCAGAAGACGACAUGUACGAGGUGGGUGUUGCCUUGGCAGAGCCGCCAGCAGCACCAGAAGCAGCAGCAUUGGGAUCCCGACCCGCAGCAGCAGCAGCAGCAGCAGCAGAAGCAGCAGCAGCAGCUGCUGCUGCUGCUCCAGCAAUGGAUGAACCGCUUUCAGUGGAGUUAGAGAGACAGGGAGGCGGCUCUGCUGCUGCUGAUGCAUUUCCUCAGAGUUUAAUAUUUAGCUUGUUUCCUGAGGCCUCUCCUAAAUCGGGUUGGCGGCGACGCGGUGUACGUACAGCUCUGUUGGGUGCUGUGGGGUUUUCGCUGGCUUUUAUAAUUUAUCUGAUGCAGCGGGGGAACGAUCAGCAGCAACAGCAUGAGCAGCAGCAAGGGGAGGAGGGGGCCGAAGCACCUCCUGCAGAGGGAGGCGAAGGUGCUGCUGCUGCUGCUGAUAAGAACAAAGUCAAAGGCCUAGGAAAGACAGGUGUUGGUGCUCUGAUAUCUCUUGUUUUGCUGCUAUCUGGCGUUGGGGAGAUAUUUGUUGAUAGUGUCUCUAGAUGGAAGCAGCAGCAGCAGCAGCAGAUGGAUUUGCUGCUGAACCCGGGAUUCUUCUCUCGGGGCAGGAGGCGUGCAGCAGCAGGGCUUGCUGCUGCUCUUGUUUCAGGUUUGCUGCUGCUGGUUGGUCUCUUGGUAGGUUUACCUGCUGUGCUGCAGCAAGUAUUAAAGGCUGCGUUUAUUAGCAGCAGCGUUUUGUCUAUUGUGGGGUUCUUGCUAAUGGCCAGAGAGAUAUACAAUGCGUGGAAACUAUCAAAGAAGCUGCUGCAGCUGCCUAUACAGCCGGGGCAGCAGCAGCAGCAAACAGCAGAAUUGGAUCCGGAUUUGCUGGUCCAGCUGCUGCAGCAUUUCGCUCCACCCGGAAGUGAGGCUGCUGCUGCUGUUGCUGCUGCAGAUAAAGAUAUGCUGCAGCAGGCGAUUCAGCUAGUCUCAGCAGCAGCAAGCCUCAGUGAACAGCAGCAGCAGCAAAUGGCUGAAGCAAUCGCAGAGCAGAUAUUUGAUGCAGAGCAGAGCAGCAGCAGCCCCCUCAUCACACCUCAGUCUAUAGAUAUGCUUGCGCAGAAGCUGGUACAGGACCAGCAGGAGCAGCAGCAGGAGCAGCAGCAGCAGCAGCAGCAGCAGCAGGGAGAGGAAGAUGAUGAAGACGAACAGAACGAACCCACACCAGAACAGCAAAUAGGAGCAGCUGUUGCUGCGACAACCGCAAACACAAUGAAGCAGCUAGCAAAAGACUUGCAGGACAACCCUGAGCUGCUGCUGCUGGCAUUGUCAGUGCAGGGGGCGAUGGAGGGACAGCUGCGGCAGCUCAAACGCGGGUCUUCAGACUCGCCGUUCUUACAAGAUAUUGUUUCUGCUGCUGAGCAUACACCUCCAGCGAGAGGGCAGCGCAAUGACUACCAAACCGUAGCAGCAACACAAGAAGAAGCGGCAGCAGCAGCUGCUGCUGCAGCAGAAAUGGCAGCAGUAGCAGCGGGAAAGCCGCUCUGA